AGCAGCACAGUGACUGAUCACCCCGCACAUAGACGAUCUUGGUCUGACAACGUCUUGACGUGUCAUCGGGGGACAGUGAGGGAAGUUUCCGAUCUUAAAAAUGUCUCUAGUUUGAAAGAGGCUCACGGUGCAUGUAUGAAAGUCAGCCUGGUCUAAAGCCAUGUCCCCGCUGCAGGCUGUGUGCAGGUCAACAUGCAGUGGAGGAGACACGUCACUGGGCUCGCCUUCAGUCUCGUGUUCGUUGUGUCACAUUUCACUAAUAAGUUUGUCCUGUCGGUGUUAAAUUUCACCUACCCAACUUUAUUUCAAGGAUGGCAGACAUUUAUCGGAGCUGCUCUGCUGCUUCUCUCUGGGAAGUUUGGAUGGGUGGAAAUGAGCCACAUCACCAGAUCAGCAGCUCUUUCCUGGCUUCCAGGCUCCUUCCUGUUUGUAGGGAACAUAUAUGCUGGUUCGAGGGCCUUAUCACGUAUAGACAUUCCUUUUUUCUUCACCCUUCAGAAUUCCUCUCAUGUUGUUAGUUACAUCAUCUUAAAGGUCGUCCACAGAGAGAAAACACAAUGGCUGAAACUGAUCGGUAUAAGCUUCAUGCUGCUCUCAGCCAUCAAUCUCCCCGUCUAUGAUCCUCAGUUUGACUACAGUGGCUACGUUUGGGCUGUCGGUCAUCUGCUCUGUGUCGGUGCAUACAGGGUGUUUCAAGUUCACUACAAAUCCAGUAAUUUGAGUGACCUUGAACAACAGUGCAUUAACUAUUUGUUCAGUGUACUGCUGCUGGCCAUUGCCGCUCACCCAACAGGUGACCUCAUGGGUGCCUUGGAGUUCCCCUCCCUUCAGUCCUACACAUUUCACUGUGGCUGCUGUGCCAGUGCACUGCUAGGUUUUUUGUUGCUGUUGGCCACAGUCAAACUAAAAAGUGGAUUGUCCCUCGAGCACUUCGGGGUCUGGAUUUUUCUUGCAAAGGUUACUGCCAUGUGCCUCUCCCCAUUUAUCUUCCACAUGGACAUUAAUGCUCCAUCUCUAAUUUGUAAUUAUGCUCUCAAGGUAUGUAAAGCUGUCUACCUCCUGCAGUUGGCUUAGAUUAUUGGUGCAUCGCUCUUUUGUUUUUGAUGUGCUGAUCUUGAGUCCAAGUGUAGCAGCAGUUCUUGUUAGUUUGUGUGCUUUGUCUGUUGGUGAGUGUUUGUAAGUAGUGCUAUAUCAUCAGCAAAUCCAGAUCCUCUAGCUGUUUGGUCAGGCUUCUAUGUACGCUGGUUUUGCUGUUGUUGGUUACUUGGUACUAGUCCAGUCUGUGCAGAGGAGGAAGAGCAAACAUUCCUGUAACACCCCAGUUAGGACCUCGAUCCAAAGUCCAGUUUACACGGGAAAAUAGGGUCCAGGUUGAAAAAUGCUGAAGUUAUGCUCUAAGUCUACCUUCUGGGGUUCGUGUGUCUCAGUUUCAGUUGCAUCCUUGCUAUGACUACAUCAUGGCCAGACCCAUGGUUGGCUCUUCCUUUCACUCUGACAUCCAUCAGUGCCUGAACUUCGGUUAAUGCAGCUGUGGUUGAUCUUCUUUGUAGCUGGCUGAAACCCAUGUUGCUUUACGGAUGUCCUCGUGUGGGAAAA